GGAGGAGGUAUAAAACGGUGUCGUACUCGGAGAGCCUAAAAACAAAACACUUGUGCAAGAGCGACUAGCGUCACUGACCCGCCCCUCCCUUCCCUUCGUGGUUGUUGAAGUCGAGAGCCGGUGCUCAUCUUCCGCCCCAUCGCCGCCAUGAAGCUCGUCAGGUUUCUGAUGAAAUUGAACAACGAAACCGUAUCGAUCGAGCUCAAGAACGGUACAAUUGUUCAUGGCACCAUUACAGGUGUUGAUAUCAGCAUGAACACACAUUUGAAAACAGUUAAACUAACACUGAAGGGGAAAAACCCAGUGACUCUGGAUCAUCUCAGUGUGAGGGGUAACAACAUUCGUUAUUAUAUCCUUCCUGACAGCUUGAAUCUUGAGACUUUGCUGGUUGAAGAGGCACCUAGGGUCAAGCCUAAGAAGCCAACUGCUGGGAAGCCUUUGGGGCGUGGGCGUGGUCGAGGGCGUGGACGUGGUCGUGGCCGCGGUCGUUGAAUUGCAUAUUCAGAAUUUUUGUGCCAUAUGGUUAUGUCUUAGGAGGAAUUUAUGAGUGGUCUUGUGGACAUCUAAAGAGUGUUCUUGCUGAUUAGUUAUGUUGGCUUUGCUUACAUUGCCAUUAUUUUUGAACAAGUGCUUUCAAGUUCUUUUGUAUAAUUCCUUCCUCAGUUCUUUAACUGAGUAAUACUUUGUUGACUUCUAAAGGAUACCUAACACCACUCAAGUUUCAACUGAAGUCUGCAUGUAUGUUUUUAUCAUCUUAUCUAAGGGAAAUGGAUCUUAUAAUCAA